CAAAAAAAGUAUAUGUAUACAACACUCAACGAUAGGAAUACAACGUCGUCUGCCUCGGUUGUGGUGCGUUCAGCAGAUCAUCACAUUAUUGGCACUCAUGUUACUUUGAACAUGGCCCUCCUUCGGAAGAUCUUGCGUUCCUCUAUUUUUUGUGAAAGAUCGUUGGCCUUGGCAUCACCAAGAUGCAUAUCUAAUCUUUCGUCUAGCUUGAGGCCAUCUGCAACCCAGUUCAACAACAUUCAAGAUGUAACACAAAAUGUCUUCACAAGCCUAUCUAACAGUCCAUCUACAACCUACAGUGAAGAAAAACCACUAAGUAAUUCUUUACUCCAAAGAAUUGACGUUGCUAUUUUACCAAUGUCUCCAGCUGAACAGCUUAUUAAGCUUCGGCUCCCAACACUGAUUAAACAAGUAAGCCUUGAAAUGCCAACAACUAGAGCUUCCCUAGACAAUGCUCACAUCAAUCAGGUUGUUGUUGAAAUUAAGGCACCUCAGAGAGGUAAAGUCUUAAAACAAUUGGCUAUUCGAAUGCUUGUAAUUAGACGGAGGAAAAUUAAGAAGCAUCAGAGGAAGAAGUGGCUUAAAAAGUUUCGUGUAUACCGUAUGACUUUAUUCCAGAAACGAAAGAUUAAGAAGGAAACUAUUUUCCUAGCUGCUCUUGAAGAGCAAAUGAAAACAGCUGAGGCUUUCAAUGCUGAAGAUUAUGCUUCAGAAAAAAUAAGGAAAGCCUACAAACCUUUGCCAACCAAAGAAGCUUAUAAAUUUCCUCUUCCCUGGGAGUUUCAACCCUUAUUCUAUAAUUCUCUAAAGAAAAAUGGCAAGUGAGUUUCAAAUUCACUUCAGAAGUCACUGUUUUCAUUUGCUUAGUGUAAGUCGUUUUUUGCAAUGAUCUUGACACGUAAGCGGAACUGCCCGUUUAAAAAAUGGUUAUCAAAGCUGUGCUUACAAUUUAAUUCUUCCUUUUGUUUCAAAAAAACAACUAUAUGUUGUCAAGAUCCUUGCUAAGACUAUGGAAAAGGAACAAGGAUUUUGGUGUAGAGUAUUUCUCAGAGGAGUGUAGGAAAAAGAAUUACUUCUGUAUCUAUUGUUUGUGAAAAGCAUUUAUUUAUAAAAAUAAACACUUGAUGGCUACCCAAACAAAAA